CACUCCUCCUCCGCUACUGUGCGUGUUUUGUGCCUUCAGACUUGCCGUACUGCGGCUCUCUCUCGCCCACGGUGCUGCGUUUGUUGCGGUGAAGCGCAACUUUCCCCGCAUCCGCGAGAAGCGCGAGUAUGUCCGCAAAGGGAGGCGGAACGAGGGGCUUCUACUUCAACACGGUUCUCUCUCUGGCUCGGUCUCUGGCAGCGCACAGACCUGCGCCCGUCGAUAAGGUACAGAAGCUGCUAUGUAUGUGCCCAUUGGACACUCGGGGGGUGUUCUCUCUGGACAUCAGGCGCAGGGAUGCUGUUAUCGCGCUGGCUGUGUUCCUGGUGGAAUCAGAUUUACAGCACAAAGACAUGGUGGUGAGUUACCUGUUGAGUCUGCUGAAGGGGCUGCCCAGGGUGCAGUGGGUAGAGGAGGCGACUUGCAGGAAGAGCAAAGAAAGUCUUCCAGUGGCCGAGAACUUCAGUUUCUGCCUGGUGACGCUGCUUUCUGAUGUGGCACAGAGAGACCCAGAGUCACGCACUCAGAUUCUGGAGGCCAUAAUGGAAGUGAUGCAGUCUCUGUUAGAGAUCUGUCAGGCACCUGAAAACCAUGAUAAAGUUUACCUGUGUAAAUACUUGGUGCCCUGUCUACUGGGUGUGACGAGGGCAUUUGGACGCUAUGGUAACAUGAACGAGCCAUUACUGUCCCAGCUCUUCCCCCGUGUGUCGUGCCAGCCUGCUCAGCGCGUUACCGUGGAAACGGAGGGCAUCCGCAGGCGCUCCUUUAAUGACUUUCGUUCUAUAAUGCCAAGCUCCCUGCUUACAGUGUGCCAAGGAGAUACACUAAGACGCAAGGCUGGCACUGCCACUGCUGACACACAGGUAAGCCCAGAGAAAGGUGGGCCUUCACCUUGCUCUCCCACUGCACCAGGCCCUCAGUACUUUGAAGGUUCGUAUCUCCCUGAUGGCAGUGCAGUGGACCCUGAUUACUACUUCACGACGGUCAGCUCCAGCUUCUCUCUCUCUCCUCUCUUCAUUGGUGGCGGUGGACAAGAGAUGACCGUGCCUUUGGAGCUACUCAAACGCCUCUUAAACAUGGUUAAACUCUUUGUCUCAGAUUCAUUUCUGAAGACUCUGGAUGCCACUGUAGUGGAAGUAACUGAGGCUAAUCCAGGCAUAGAUCUCUUCUACAAAAGCUUCAGUGACCCACUGUACGUCAGUAUGUUUAAGAUGCUCAGGGAUACACUCUAUUAUGUGAAAGAUGUACAGUCAGGGUUUGUGAAGGAGGUCCACGACUUUGUACUGGAGCAGUUCAGCAGCAGCCAAUCGGAGCUACAGAGGGUGCUUCAUGAAGCAGAGAGGUUGCCAGGGGAACCUAGUCCCUUGAAGCUACGUUGCCACGCCAACGCUGCCUGUGUGGACCUCAUGGUGUGGGCCGUCAAAGAUGAGCAAGGAGCUGAGAAUCUGUGCACAAAGCUGUCUGAGAAACUGCAAUCCAAAACCUCCAGCAAAGUGAUAAUCGCACACAUGCCUCUCCUCAUCUGCUGCCUCCAGGGACUUGGUCGACUGUGUGAGCGAUUCCCAGUCAUAGCCCACUCUGCCACAGUGUCUCUGAAGGACUUCCUGGUGGUGCCCUCGCCUGUACUGAUCAAACUAUACAAGUACCACAGUCAAUACAGCACAGGGGGAGGAGAGAUCAAGAUCAGUGUGACCAAUGAGCACUCCCAGUCCACUUUCAAUGUUCUGUCUAACAGGAAAGACCAGCCCUCUAUGUAUGAGCAACUGAGAGACAUUUCCAUUGACAACAUCUGCAGAUGUCUGAAGGCUGGUCUUAGCAUGGACCCUGUCAUAGUGGAGGCAUUCCUUGCCAGUCUGUCUAAUCGAUUAUACAUCUCUCAGGAAAAUGACAAGGAAGCCCACUUAAUUCCGGACCACACUAUUCGAGCUCUAGGCCACAUUGCUGUGGCAAUGAGAGACAGUCCAAAGGUGAUGGAGCCCAUCCUGCAGAUCCUACAGCAGAAAUUCUGUCAGCCACCAUCACAACUUGAUGUGCUUAUUAUAGACCAACUGGGUUGCAUGGUCAUCACAGGCAAUCAAUAUAUCUACCAGGAGGUAUGGAACCUGUUUCAGCAGAUUAGUGUGAAAGCCAGCAAUGUGGUGUACUCUGCCACUAAAGACUACAGAGACCAUGGAUACAGGCAUUGCUCAUUAGCAGUCAUCAAUGCUCUAGCGAACAUCGCCGCUAACCUACAGGGGGAGCCGCUGAUAGAUGAGCUCCUGGUUAACCUGCUGGAGCUCUUUGUCCAGCUUGGACUGGAGGGCAAGAGAGCCAGUGAGCGUGCAAGUGACAAAGGACCUGCCCUCAAGGCAUCUAGUAGUGCAGGAAACCUUGGUGUUCUCAUCCCAGUGAUUGCAGUGUUGACCCGUCGCUUGCCCCCCAUUAAAGAAGCUAAGCCUCGUUUGCAGAAGCUCUUCAGAGAUUUUUGGCUUUAUUCUGUGGUUAUGGGCUUUGCUGUUGAAGGUUCUGGGCUCUGGCCAGAGGAGUGGUAUGAGGGAGUGUGUGAGAUUGCCACCAAGUCUCCUCUGCUCACAUUUCCCAGUGGAGAGCCAUUACGCUCUGAGCUUCAGUACAACUCGGCUCUGAAGAAUGACACCGUUACACAGGCGGAGCUAAAUGAUUUACGAAGCACUAUCAUUAACCUUUUGGAUCCCGCCCCAGAGGCAGCGGCCCUCAUUAACAAACUAGACUUUGCCAUGUGCACUUACCUUCUGUCAGUCUACAGACUGGAAUACAUGAGGAUGCUGCAUUCAAAUGAUGCUGACCGGUUUCAGGUGAUGUUCAGAUACUUUGAAGACAAAGCCAUACAAAAGGACAAAUCAGGAAUGAUGCAGUGUGUGAUAUGUGUUGGUGAUAAAGUCUUUGAGGUAUUCCUCCUAAUGAUGGCAGAAAAGGCAAAAACUAAAGAGCAUGAAGAGGAGCUAGAACGCCAUGCACAGUUUUUACUGGUCAACUUUAACCACACCCACAAGAGAAUCCGGCGAGUAGCUGACAAGUACCUUUCUGGGCUGGCUGAAACGUUUCCUCACUUGCUGUGGAGUGGGCGAGUGUUGAAGACUAUGUUGGAUAUUUUGCAGACACUGUCUCUUUCCUUGAGCGCUGACAUCCACAAGGACCAGCCUUAUUAUGAUAUUCCUGAUACUCCUCACAGAAUAACGGUACCAGACACGCAUGAAGCCCGGGAGAGUAUAGUGAAGGACUUUGCUGCACGAUGUGGUGAAAUUCUGAAAGAAGCAAUGAAGUGGGCCUCUUCUGUCACCAAGUCCCAUCUACAGGAGUACCUAAAUAAGCAUCAAAACUGGGUGUCUGGGCUUUCCCAGCACACUGGCUUGGCCAUGGCCACCGAGAGCAUCCUUAACUUUGCUGGUUACAACCGACAAAGCAUGACUCUGGGGAUUGCUGAGGUUAUUGGCCAGAUAAAGCUGUUUACUCGUAUAUCUGUGUGCCUGCUGGGCUGGGUGCUUGGUGGUUGGUUUACUGGUUGCCUGUUUGGUUCUCAUCCUAAGGCUGCUUUCCCUCAGGUCACCCAGCUGACCGACCGGCCCACCUGUGUGAAGAAAGACUACUCCAACUUCAUGGCCUCUCUCAACCUGCGCAACCGCUACACUGGAGAGGUGGCGGGUAUGUUACAGUUUGCUGCAGCCACACACAGUGAGUCCGACCUGGGCAGACUGAUGGUCACGCAGAUGAGUGAAGCUUUAGAAGCCAAAGACUCAGACGCUUUUACACAGAGCAUGUUCAAAAUGACCGCUCUGCUGAUCAGCGCUAAAGACUGUGAUCCUCAGCUGCUGCACCACUUGUGCUGGUCUCCUCUGAAGAUGUUCACCGAGCACGGCAUGGAAACAGCCAUCGCCUGCUGGGAGUGGUUCCUUGCUGCUCGUAAUGGAGUAGAAGUCCCGUUUAUGCGCGAGAUGGCGGGAGCGUGGCACAUGACAGUAGAGUUAAAGAUGGGCUUGUUUUCGGAGGCGGAGUUAGAGGCAGAUCCUCUAGCAGCUUCUGAGGAGAGCCAGCCUAUGCCCCGCCCCCCUGACGUUAUUCCACAUACUCUCUGGAUAGAGUUUCUUGUGCAGAGGUUUGAGAUCGCUAAGUACUGCAGUGCAGAUCAGGUGGAAAUUUUCACUGGCGUCCUCCAGAGGGCGCUCUCACUCAGUGUUGGUGGUGCUAAGAGCUGCUUAAACCGCCAUGUUGCUGCUAUAGGACCACGCUUCAGACUCCUGACCUUAGGUCUGACCCUUCUACAUGCUGAUGUUGUGACCAAUGCUACUAUACGCAACGUCCUCAGAGAAAAGAUCUACUCUACAGCCUUUGAUUACUUCAGUGUUGCUCCAAGGUUCCCUACUCAGCAAGAGAAGCGUCUGCGCGAGGACAUCAGCAUCAUGAUCAAGUUCUAUGCUUGUCUUCUGUCCGAUAAGAAAUACCUCACAGCCAACCAGCUUGUCCCACCAGAUCCUCAGGAUGUGUCUGUAAACAGUCUGUCAGUGAUGGCAGUGGCAGAUUCCAGAAGCAGCCUGGAUGCUGCUGUGGGCUCCAGACAACAAGCCACGCAAGGCUGGAUCAACACUUACCCUCUCUCAAGCGGCAUGUCCACUUUAUCCAAGAAGUCAGGUCUAUCCAAGAAGAGCAAUAGAGGGUCUCAGCUACACAAAUACUACAUGAAGCGCAGGACACUGUUACUGGCCUUAUUGGCCAGUGAGGUGGAACGACUGACCACGUGGUAUAACCCACUGGGCACACAGGAGCUGCAGAUAUCAGCUGAGCAGUCAGUGGAGACCAGCAUCAUCAACUGGAGGUCUAAGUACAUCAGCCUGACUGAAAAACAGUGGAAAGACAACGUCAAUCUUGCCUGGAGCAUAGCGCCUUACCUUGCCCUUCAGCUGCCUGGCAGGUUCAAGAACUCAGAGGCUAUUGUCUUAGAAGUCACACGACUGGUGCGCAUGAACCCAGGGGCAGUCAGUGACGUUCCAGAAGCUGUAAAGUUUCUGGUGACGUGGCACACCAUUGAUGCAGACUCUCCUGAGCUUAGCCACAUCCUUUGCUGGGCUCCGGCAGAUCCGCCUACUGGCCUGUCCUACUUCUCCAGCAUGUACCCUCCUCACCCUCUCACAGCUCAGUAUGCUGUCCGAGUCCUGCGUUCCUUCCCUCCGGAUGCUAUUUUGUUUUAUAUCCCGCAAAUUGUACAGGCGCUCCGCUAUGACAAGAUGGGUUAUGUCCGAGAGUAUAUACUUUGGGCAGCACAGAAGUCACAGCUUCUGGCUCAUCAGUUCAUUUGGAACAUGAAGACCAAUAUCUAUACAGAUGAAGAGGGACACCAGAAAGACCCUGAUAUUGGAGAGCUACUGGAGCAGCUGGUUGAGGAGAUCACAGGCUCUUUGUCUGGUCCUGCCAAAGAUUUCUACCAGCGUGAAUUUGAAUUCUUCAACAAGAUCACCAACGUUUCAGCUAUUAUCAAACCCAUUCCUAAAGGCGAAGAGAGGAGCAGGGCCUGUCUCCGAGCGCUGUCUGAAAUUAAAGUCCAACCAGGAUGUUAUCUGCCCAGUAACCCAGAGGCCAUAGUGCUGGACAUUGACUACAUGUCUGGAACACCAAUGCAAAGUGCUGCAAAAGCGCCAUACUUGGCCAAGUUUAAGGUGAAGCGCUGUGGAGUCAGUGAGCUGGAGAAAGAAGGUCUGCUGUGUCGGUCAGACUCGCUGGACGAGGCUCGGAAUGAGGAGGGGGCCCAGAAGAUUUGCUGGCAGGCAGCCAUCUUUAAAGUAGGAGACGACUGCCGACAGGAUAUGUUGGCUUUGCAGAUCAUUGGUCUCUUUAAGAAUAUCUUUCAGCUGGUCGGACUGGAUUUGUUCGUCUUUCCUUACAGAGUGGUUGCUACAGCUCCUGGAUGUGGUGUCAUUGAGUGUAUCCCAGACUGUAAGUCCAGGGAUCAGCUGGGACGACAGACAGACUUUGGCAUGUAUGACUACUUCAGGAACAAGUAUGGUGAUGAGUCUACACUGGCUUUCCAGAAGGCCAGGUAUAACUUCAUCCGGAGCAUGGCGGCAUACAGCCUAUUACUUUUCCUGCUCCAGAUUAAGGAUCGACACAAUGGCAACAUCAUGCUGGACAGCCAGGGACAUAUCAUUCACAUCGACUUUGGCUUCAUGUUUGAGAGUUCUCCUGGUGGAAACCUGGGAUGGGAGCCUGACAUUAAGCUCACUGAUGAGAUGGUGAUGAUCAUGGGAGGAAAGAUGGAAGCCACACCCUUCAAAUGGUUCAUGGAGAUGUGCGUACGUGGCUACCUGGCUGUUAGGCCGUAUAUGGAUGCUGUGGUUUCUUUGGUAACACUCAUGUUAGACACUGGCCUUCCAUGUUUCCGUGGUCAGACCAUCAAACUGCUGAAGCAGCGUUUUAACCCCAACAUGAGUGAGAAGGAGGCAGCUGCCUUCAUGAUAAAAGUCAUCCAGAACUGCUUCCUCAGCAGCAGGAGCAAAACCUAUGACAUGAUUCAGUACUAUCAAAAUCAAAUCCCAUACUGAGGGCCAGAUUUAACCUGUGUUAGUGGCAGUGACUUGCGUCAAGCCAGCAAAUGAGCCGUGAACCCCGGACACCUGCCUAAAGUUGAUGGCGCAUGUGUGUGCGUGAGAUUCCACAUUGUUGGUUUUUUUUUGC